AAUUUGAAUUUUUUCGAAACAGUUUCCAACGAGGUAACCGUUAGGAUAAAGCCAGCAUAUAAAAAAAACCCUACCUCAAAACUCCUUUCAUUCAUCUCUCUCUCUCUCUCUCUGCAUUACCAGUAACCAGAACCGAAACCCUGCAAAAUGAGAGAGUGCAUUUCAAUCCACAUCGGCCAGGCCGGGAUCCAAGUUGGAAACGCCUGCUGGGAGCUUUACUGCCUUGAACAUGGCAUUCAGCCUGAUGGACAAAUGCCGAGUGACAAAACAGUUGGGGGCGGUGACGAUGCCUUCAACACAUUCUUCAGCGAAACCGGGGCUGGAAAACACGUCCCCCGUGCCAUUUUCUUAGAUCUGGAACCCACGGUGAUCGACGAGGUGAGGACCGGAACCUACCGCCAGCUAUUCCACCCGGAGCAACUCAUUAGCGGCAAGGAAGACGCGGCCAACAACUUUGCCAGGGGACAUUACACAAUUGGGAAAGAGAUUGUGGAUCUGUGCCUGGACCGCAUCCGAAAGCUGGCCGACAACUGCACGGGGCUUCAAGGGUUCCUGGUUUUCCACGCUGUUGGAGGUGGAACCGGUUCUGGACUCGGUUCACUUCUUCUCGAAAGGCUCUCUGUCGACUAUGGAAAGAAAUCAAAGCUCGGUUUCACUGUAUACCCUUCCCCUCAGAUCUCAACCUCAGUUGUUGAGCCAUACAACAGUGUCUUGUCCACCCAUUCUCUGCUGGAGCACACCGAUGUCGCUGUACUCCUUGACAAUGAGGCUAUCUAUGACAUCUGCCGUAGGUCUCUGGAUAUUGAGAGACCCACCUACACCAACCUCAAUAGGCUUGUCUCGCAGGUCAUUUCCUCCCUCACCGCCUCCCUCCGCUUCGACGGCGCCCUAAACGUGGACGUAAACGAGUUCCAAACCAACCUGGUCCCCUACCCUCGAAUCCACUUCAUGCUCUCCUCCUAUGCCCCCGUCAUCUCCGCUGAGAAGGCCUACCACGAGCAGCUCUCCGUGGCCGAGAUCACCAACAGCGCAUUCGAGCCCUCCUCCAUGAUGGUUAAGUGCGACCCCCGCCACGGCAAGUACAUGGCCUGCUGCCUGAUGUACCGAGGCGACGUCGUCCCAAAAGACGUCAACGCCGCCGUGGCCACGAUUAAGACCAAGAGGACGAUUCAGUUCGUGGACUGGUGCCCGACCGGGUUCAAGUGCGGGAUCAACUACCAGCCGCCGACAGUGGUACCGGGUGGGGACUUGGCGAAGGUGCAGCGGGCGGUGUGCAUGAUAUCCAACUCGACGAGCGUGGCGGAGGUGUUUUCAAGGAUCGAUCACAAGUUCGAUUUGAUGUACGCAAAGAGGGCGUUUGUGCAUUGGUACGUCGGGGAGGGGAUGGAGGAAGGGGAGUUUUCGGAGGCAAGGGAGGAUCUGGCGGCCUUGGAGAAGGAUUAUGAGGAAGUUGGGUUGGAGUCUGGGGAAGGGGAUGAUGAAGAUGAAGGAGAUGAGUAUUAGGGCUGGCUGGUUGUUUUGGAAUGGGGAGAAGCCAAUGGACUCAUUGGGUUAUGUUUGUUUAGGCCUUAGGUUUUCUGGGUAGAUGUUUUUGUUUUGAUUUCGACUCUGGUUUUCUACAACGUUUAUUUUGGUCUAAUGGAGGCUGUUUAAAUCCUAUGUUAUGGAAUGAAACUGCAAGUUAAAUGA